CAAGUGAAUGGCUUAAUAUAUAUAGCUUAUAUAGCAUAUAUAGCUUGGAAAAAGGGUAUCAGUAUUCCAAUAAACGGCAAAGUGUUGGCACAUAUCCCGCGAUGAAACUCUACGCUGUCUCGGAUGGUCCCCCAUCUCUGGCCUGUCGUCAGGCCCUCAAGGCCCUCAGCAUUAACUACCAACUUAUUGACGUGGAUUUUGUAAAAGGGGAACACAUGACUCCAGAGUACGCCCAGUUAAACCCGCAAAAAGAAAUUCCAACGCUUAUCGACGGCAAUUUAAUUAUGGGCGAGAGCAAUGCCAUUCUCCAGUAUCUCGGAGACAAAUACGAUAAUUUUGGAAAACUAUACCCUAAGGAACCGGAGGCACGCGCUAUCGUUAAUCAUCGAUUGUCUUUCAAUAUUGCCAUGUAUUAUCGAAAUAUAUCGGAAUAUGUUAUGGCGCCGAUAUUCUUCGCCUAUGAGAGAACUCCCGUUGGACUCAAGAAAGUGAAAAUGUCUCUUGACAUUUUCGAUACAUAUUUGGAUAAAUUAAAGUCCAAAUACGCAGCUGGAGAUCAUCUGACCAUCGCCGAUUUUCCACUCAACACUGCAACAUUGUGUCUAGAGGCUAUCGGAUUCUCGUUGUCGCCGUGGCCGCAUGUAGAAAUGUGGUACAACGAUUUCAAGGUGAAUCAUCCGGAUCUCUGGGAAAUAUCUGCAGGAGGAAUGAAGGAGAUUAGUUUCUUCGAGAAAAAUCCACCGGAUUUAUCUCAUAUGAUACACCCCAUCCAUCCCAUCCGUAAAUCGCAGUAAAAGUGAAAAUUAAAUAAUUAUAAUUAAAUAAGUUCAUGUCUGAUUUUUUAAAAGACAAUCUACUUUCAAGCUUCCUCUUGUAUAAAAAAAUGUUAUCAAUCUUUAAUGUAAAUUUAAAUCACAAUUUGAGUAAUAAAUUCAAUUGCGGCUGAAAAGAAAUAAUUUU